GGGAAUUUAAAAAUGAACGCGGACUAAGCGUACAUAUGUCAAGAAAGCACAAGCAGGGAGAUAGGCAUGACCAUAAAGAACCUCGCCGAAUUACAACAACGAUAGAAGACAAUGAUAAUAAACAUCGACCAAGACCAUCAUCGAUAGAGGAAAAUGAUGAUAAAUAUCGCCAACGAAGAUCAUCUAUAGAAGAAAAUGAUGAUAAACUUCGCCGAAGACCAUCGUCGAUAGAAGAAAAUUAUAAUAAAUAUCGCCGAAGAACAUCGUCGGUAGAAGAAAAUGAUGAUAAACUUCGCCGAAGAACAUCGUCGACUGGAGGGAAAGAUGAAUCCACAGAAAAAAGUGAUGGGAAACCAAGCCCUCGUUCUACAGUUGAAGAUGACAGAAAAUUUCCAACAGUGAAACGUAUGCAUAAUGCCUGUUGUUCCCAUUGUGGCGACGCAGAUGGAGGCUCUACAAAAUCAAGACUUUUAGAAAACCACAUAUCAAUUACGUCACCGUCAAAUUCGAGUCUACCAUUUCAUGUGACAAACGUAACAAAGUACAUAGCAAUGCUCGAAGGAGAAAUUAAAAUUCGAAAAAAAGAUAGCGCGUCGACAAGAAAAGGGGUCAACGAAUUCAUUGAAAGUUUAAAUAAAGCAAUGGACGGGAUUUCAAACAUUCCCUUGAAGAUGCUCAAUUCUGGUUCUCACUUUGACAAAACAUCGAUUGAGUACGACGACGAAUUUGAUUUUAUGGUCUGUCCAAGCGGAAAGUUUGAGGCAGUUUUCAAAAAUUGUCCUCCUGGAUUUUGUAAGCUAAGGAAAGGUCGAACAACCAUUGACGACCUGGAUCAGGCUUUAAAUAAAGAUGGAUAUCUCGUUCCCGAAAUCUUUAAACAAAAAAUGUUCAGCAUUUUUGAGGAUUGUAUAACAAGUCCUGGUUUUAGACAAGGAAGAAGAAUAAAAAGAAUGCCACGUAAACCAGAGAGUCCGGCUUUCACACUCCAAUUUGACCUGGGCUCAGGAAUACCAACAGUAGAUAUUGACUUGGUGCCUGCUAUAAAAAUAGACUCCUGGCCUUCCACUGGGAGGAAGAUAUGUCCAGAAUGGAUAGGAACUGAUAAUGUUCAAAAAGCAAUGAAAUGUUUUCAUGUGGUCACAAAGACCUACCCAGCAGAUCAUCCGGAUGCAGACAUUCUGUGGAGGAUCUCAUUUUCUCACGCGGAGAAAGAACUUAUUCUUCAUGCUAACCAAAGGGACAAGGGGUGCCGAAAGGACAUUUUAAAACUCCUGAAAAAAAUAAAACAAAUUAUCAAGGUUCAAAAUCCCCAUCAAACGGAUAAAUUUUGUUCGUAUCAUUUAAAAAUGUUUAUGCUUGAAUUUUAUGACAGACAUAAAGACUUCUGCCAAGAAAAGAAGGAAAGUUUGUUCAAGCAGAGUGUUAAAGAACUUAUGAAAUGUUUUAGUAAUGGAGAAAUCAGAAAUUAUUUUAUUCCGGAAGAUAAUAUUCUACGCUUUGUUUCAGACAAUGAAAAAUCACUUGUUACUCAAGAACUACGUAAAAUACAAGAAAAAUUUUAAUUGUAGAUAUUUUAAAUAUGUCUUCCAUAUCGAUUAAUUUCUUAAUUCGUUAAGCCGUUAGGUGCUUAUAUUUAUGACGCAAUGUGCAUGUAACCAUGCAUAUAAUUAUAAAAUUUAUACAAAACUUGCUGUUUUGAGAUCGAUGAUUAAGAGGCCCGAGGAGCAUAAUACUUUAUUUAUAUGCACGAAGGGCGGGGGAAUAAAGACAUUGUAAAUAUAAUUUUGGAGCAAUGAAGUAAAAUAAUGUCGGGCAUACAUUUUGAAAAUGUUUGGGGGAGGGGAUUUGGCAAUUUUAAGGGGGGGGGGGAGUCGAAAAGUUGCAUAAAAAGAUCUUUGACUAACCAGAAAAGGAUGAAAAUAAUCUUAACUCCAAAUUCUUAUUCCGAGGCAUUAGUGGGAAAAGGAGUAGGGAUAAGGUUCCAUGAAAAUAAGGGACCCGUUAGAAUUGUAUAUCAGAUAGGUUGGGAGCAUUUUUUUGACAUAUAAAUAAUUGAAAAUAAAGAAUACAACUUGUAA